AUGGAUGCCACGUCUGUACUGUUCUCCAGGCACAUCAAUGGAGAGUCAAGAGAUUUGACUCAGGCAUUCAAACUGGCGCGUGCCGAGGCAAGGGAGAAGGUGGACGCCAUGAUCGUCCAGCUCCUCGCAGCCGCGCCCACGUGCAUAUCAGGGGACAAGAAGCAAGUGUCCAUCGGGUCACUUCUCUCUCCUCGCCAGCGAUGUGCGUCGUGUGGAACCGAGUUUGGGCUGUGGGAGCGACGGGCCACCUGUUUCAUGUGCCAGAAGGAGCACUGCGCCAAGUGCGCCUCACUCCUAUCGUACGCCCAGAUCGCCGGCGACCCGAAGCUCCACCUUCUGCUCACCCUGCGACGACGCGAAAUCGAACGCGAACGUCUCAAGGCACAGCUUCCCGCCGGUGCCACCGUGCCACCCCAGCCACAACAGCCCCAGCAGCCAGAAGAGUUCUUGGCAUGCACCAAGUGCGCGAUCGUGGUCACGCGCCAGGAGAAGGCGCGCAUGUACAGGGAGGUGUUCGCGUGGGGCCGGAGGGACAAUCGUCUGCGCAUCAUCUACGAGGAGGGCGUCGUGUGGAGCCGACGCGAAAUGGAGAAGCUGUUCCCGCGCUAUGCCCGGCUGGUCGACGCCAUCUCCCGGGAGGGCAGCGGGAAGGUGUUCGACCCCUUCUCGAAUCCCAAGACCGUGGGCUUCUCUGUUGACCACUCGGCCAACGACAUUGACGCCGACUUCAUCCACAACUACGAGGCAGCGCUGACCGUUCAGGCCAAUUUGGAAAAGGUCACCAAGCUGUUCGAGCGCGCGGUGAAGGAGAUCUCCCUUAUACGACCACCCACCGAGGCCGAGAGGCGCGUGAACGAAGUGAUCAAGUCGGCCUGCGUCCUCUUUUCGCAGGACCUCAUCGCACCGUUUCGAGUUAUGAAAAAGAGGGUGAUUCACCUGCAGAUGAACAAAGCUGCGCAGCUGUACCUUCUCAUGUAUCAGCUGGUGUGGGAGGACAAGCAGCACCAGAAGUUCUGGACCCAGUUCGGGGAGUCCUUACUGAACGGCUUGUCGAUGAUGAAGACCGAACUCCACGACGUGGUGUCGAAGGCCGGCGAGGACUGGGACAAGUACCGAACAAAGGUCGAGGACUUUCUGGUCGACUGGGAGCGACACAACACCGCACUCCUUCGAGUGUCGGCAGCGGAUCAGACGGAAGGGACGGUGCUGCGGAAGAACGUGAUGAUCGUAAAGAAGGCCAUGAAACAGAUCGACACCUCCGUGGGCGCCUCCAAGCUGCCGCAGACCAAGCGAGCGCUGACCCUACUCCUCAGCCUCCUCGAACGCACCUACGACCAAUACACUCGAUGA